AUGAAGUUCGGGAAGGAGUUCUCGUCUCAAAUGGUGCCAGAGUGGCAACAAGCUUACAUGAACUACGGUUCACUAAAAAAAUGUCUCAAAGAUAUUAUGGCAUUCAAACUCAGAACCAACCAUGCAACUCCACGUGGUGGCGCCAAGAACCACCACAACAGAGGAUUAAGCCGGAAAAUGACUUUGUACCGGUCGUUUAGCGGCUUAGUUUCAACUCCGGGAAGACAAAGACGCGGUAAUCCUCACGACGUAGAGGAAGGGAUACCAUUGACGGCUACGUCUGCUCCCAUUCUAGUGAACACCACCGUUGAUCACGGUUGUGUUACGACGUUUCUGAUGACGGCGGAGGAAGGAGGAGAGUACGAGUUGGUGUUUUUCAGGAGACUAGACGACGAGUUCAAUAAAGUGAACAAGUUUUACAAAGAGAAAGUUGAAGAAGUGAUGAAAGAAGCGGUGGUGCUUAAUAAACAGAUGGACGCUUUGAUAGCAUUUCGUGUCAAAGUUGAGAAUCCAGAAGGUUGGGGAUGGGAGGAACGUACGGUGGACAUCACUCGGUUGGCUUCAGAUAUAGCUUCUUCCGCGGCAGCUAUCUCGGCUUCUUCUCCCGCUGGAGCUAAAUCUAUACACGUUGGAAGUAAAGCUCAUCUGGAGGCAAUACAAGAAGGAGGCUCAAGCAGAGCUGGAAGAAUGGAAGAUGCUGUUCAAGAAGAAGAAGAAGAAGAAUCUAAUGGAGCCUCGGUGUCUACCAAAGCUAAGGACGUGAAUACGACCAAGUUGAGAACACUGAGACCUGCUCCGAUAGAUAUUCUUGAUCGAGUGUGGUUAAACGACACCAAAGAGACGCCUCGUUCUACCAUCAAAGGAUUUCUCCAGAUAACGAAACAGACCGAGUUAAAAUUCAGCAGAGAAAAUCUGAUGAUAGUCGAGGAGAAGCUGCGGCAAGCUUUAUUCGUGUUUUAUCAGAAGCUGAGACUUCUCAAGAGCUACAGUUUUUUGAAUGUAUUAGCGUUUUCCAAGAUAUUGAAGAAGUAUGAUAAGAUAAGUUCUAGGGAUGCAAUGAAGACUUACAUGAAAAUGGUAGAUACUUCACACAUUGGAAGCUCUGAUGAAAUUGUGCGACUCAUGGAGCGUGUUGAAGCUACAUUCAUAAAACAUUUCGCAAACGCUAAUCGAACAAAAGGAAUGAAUAUUUUAAGACCUAAAGCGAAAAGAGAGAGACACAGACUUACAUUCUCCACGGGUGAAGUCAUUAACUUGCAUCAAAUUUUUAUUUUGAAAGUUCAAACUUUGUGGGAUGCUUAUGAGAGGAUAUUGGUUUCAGGUUUCUUGGCUGGAUGCAUUUUCUCUCUUAUCGUAGCUCUUGGAGCGAUAAUCCGCACCCGCCACCUCUUGCAGGAAGAAGACCAAGAACAAUACAUGAAUACUAUGUUCCCUCUUUAUAGCCUGUUCGGGUUUAUAGUGUUGCACAUAAUAAUGUAUGCUGCUAAUAUAUACUACUGGAGGCGAUACAAAGUAAACUAUUCCUUUAUAUUUGGGUUCAAACAAGGAACUGAACUUGGAUACAGACAAGUUCUGCUUGUGGGAUUCAGUAUUGGAGUCUUAGCAUUGCUUUGUGUUCUUGCCAAUCUUGACAUGGAGGCAGAUCCCGAAACAAAAGAUUAUCAAGCAUUAACCGAACUUCUUCCUCUUUUCCUACUUAUUGCUAUGUUCGCGGUUCUAGUCAUGCCAUUCAAGUUCUUUUACGCCUCGACUCGCCUUUUCUUCCUCACUAGUUUGUUUCAUUGCCUCGCCGCUCCUCUUUACAAGGUAACAUUGCCAGAUUUCUUCUUGGGAGAUCAAUUAACUAGUCAGGUUCAAGCUCUUAGAAGCAUCGAGUUCUACAUCUGUUACUAUGGUUGGGGAGACUUCAAACACAGAAAGAACACUUGUAAUACUAGUAGCUACAAGGCUUUCAUCUUUGUUGUUGCUGUCAUCCCUUUUCUCUCUCGCUUCCUUCAGUGCCUGCGACGGCUAAUUGAGGAGAAAAAUCCGGAGCAAGGGUACAACGGACUCAAGUACUUCUUAACUAUAGUGGCGGUUUGUUUGAGAACUGCUUACAGUAUCCAGAAACAUCAAGUUGCUUGGAGGGUCUUAGCUGCUAUCUUCUCAGUUAUAGCUGCAAUAUUCUCUACUUACUGGGACUUUAUUCAUGAUUGGGGUCUUCUAAACCGGAGAUCCAAAAACCGCUGGCUUCGGGAUAAACUUCUCAUACCUCAAAAGAAAGUAUACUUUAUCGCAAUGAUUUUGAAUGUCUUGCUGAGAUUUGCGUGGAUCCAAACGGUUCUGGAUUUCAAAUUCUCCUUCAUGCAUAGGGAGACGAUGAUUACCGUUGUUGCUAGUCUUGAGAUCAUUCGUCGUGGUAUAUGGAACUUUUUUAGAUUAGAGAACGAGCAUUUGAACAAUGUUGGGAAAUACAGAGCAUUCAAGUCUGUUCCAUUACCAUUCAACUACGAUGAAGAUGAAGAGAAAGAUGAUUAG